GCAUGCGCAGCGGGCGGAGCCUCCGGAAGUCCUGACGGGAAGGUCUUUUUGUUUGGGCCGCUAAGAGACUCGACACUUGCUUCAAUUCCCCUGGUUAAUAACCGUUUUUUAUCUGCAUUAAUUUCGGGUGUCUUUUAUGAAUAAUCAAAAGCAGCAAAAGCCAACGCUAACAGGCCAGCGUUUCAAAACGAGGAAAAGAGAUGAAAAGGAGAGAUUUGACCCUACUCAGUUCCAAGAAAGUAUCGUACAAGGCUUGAAUCAAACUGGCACUGAUUUGGAAGCGGUUGCAAAGUUUCUUGAUGCCUCUGGCGCCAAGCUUGACUACCGCCGGUAUGCAGAGACACUCUUUGACAUCCUGGUGGCCGGCGGCAUGCUGGCCCCAGGCGGGACUCUGUCUGACGACAUGACCCGCACAGAGUUCUGCCUCUUCACGGCACAAGAAGACCUGGAGACGAUGCAAGCGUAUGCUCAGGUUUUUAACAAGCUGAUCAGGCGUUACAAGUACCUGGAGAAGGGUUUCGAAGAGGAGAUCAAGAAGUUGCUGCUGUUUCUGAAGGGGUUCACUGAGUCUGAGCGCAACAAACUGGCCAUGUUGACCGGCAUCCUGCUGGCCAACGGCAACAUAUCAGCCUCCAUCCUGAGCAGCCUCUUCAACGAGAACCUCGUCAAAGAGGGAGUCUCUGCAGCCUUCGCUGUUAAACUGUUCAAGUCAUGGAUCAACGAGAAGGACAUCAACUCCGUUGCUGCCAGUCUCCGUAAAGUGGGCAUGGACAACAGGCUGAUGGAACUCUUUCCUGCCAACAAACGGAGUUGUGAGCAUUUUUCUAAGUAUUUCACCGACGCCGGGCUGAAGGAGCUGUCCGACUUUGCCCGCAACCAGCAAUCCAUCGGCGCCCGCAAGGAGCUGCAGAAGGAGCUCCAGGAGAUGAUGUCACGCGGCGACCCUCAGAAGGAGAUCAUCGCCUUCACCAGGGAGGAGAUGAAGAAGGCCAACAUCUCUGAACAGACCAUGAUCGGCAUCAUUUGGACCAGCGUAAUGAGCUCUGUGGAGUGGAACAAGAAGGAAGAGCUGGUGACCGAACAAGCCAUCAAACACUUGAAGCAAUACAGCCCUCUGCUGAAAGCCUUCACCUCCCAGGGUCUGUCGGAGCUCAGCCUGCUGCUGAAGAUCCAGGAGUACUGCUACGACAACAUCCACUUCAUGAAGGCCUUCCAGAAGAUCGUGGUGCUCCUCUACAAAGCGGAUGUGUUGAGUGAGGAGGCCAUACUGAAGUGGUACACCGAGGCCCACGUUGCCAAGGGGAAGAGCGUUUUCCUCGAGCAGAUGAAAAAGUUUGUGGAGUGGCUGAAGAACGCAGAGGAAGAGUCGGAGUCGGAUGAAGAGGAGGCGGACUGAAACCUCCAUCGCCAGAUGAGCUUUUUCUUCUUUUUUCUUUACACAAGUAGCAUCAGGAGCAGUAGAAUGUUUUUCCUUUUUCUUUUCCUCCUCCUGUUACUUGUUUCUCCCCACAAACACACCUCCAGCAGGUAUUUAAAGAAAAGCAGGAAGGUUCAGUCCUUCAGCUGCAAACCAUGAAUUCUUCUGUAAUCUGGAUGAAAACGUUCCGUGUAGGAAUCUGGAGCAGGUUUGGUCGAUCUUCCUGCCGUGUAACGACGAGGCUAGCCAAUCAGUUUAGCCAAGUUUUUUUUAGUUUUUAUUUUACAGCUUCUUUUUUAAUUUAAAUUCUUUUGACCAGCUCAUGUUUCGGCUCAUGUUCAGUCUUUAAAGCCUUUUCUUGACUCUUCGGUAACCCUGUACUUCCUGUCGAGGCCACUCCGGCUAGUCCGUCAGAAGACCCCCCCCCCCAUGUAAGAUGCCUCGCCAGCUAUCUGAUUUAUUGGUUUCUACUUUCUUUAAUCUGAUAUAAACCAAUUGACUUUUUUAUGAAAUAAAGAUUAUUGAAAUGUU